AAUAAAAAUAAGAGUUCAUCAUCAGUGUGACUUUAAUCAUCUAGAAGAAAUAAGAGUCAUCAUGACUUACAUGGCCCAUAAUCAGAAAAGCAGCAAAAAGCAUUUUCAGGUGGAUCCUCUUCUAAUGCCCAAAGUUCCUCGAACCAAUUACAUGCACCUCCAGGAAGAGAAAAACAGGCUACAGCUUAAGAAAUUCCUCCUUCACAGGAUGUUUCUUGUGGGCCACAUAAAAGCCAACAUAGAGAAAAAGGAGAUUUCUGAAUACUAUGAGCAACUGUUUCAGUCUAUUCUGAAGCAUCACUUAGGAGAAGCAGUUACAGGAUUAUUGCUCAUAUACUCAAGUACCUUUCUGCACAUCCUUGAGACAUCCAAUGGCACGCUUUUCCGAAUUCUUUUAGAUUAUGUUGCCCGUGAAAAGGAAGAAAAAGAAUUUAUGAUCCAAAACGUGAAAAUUAUUGUGGCUUCUCACAACAUCCCCACACGGCUCUUUAUGCAGUGGCAUGUUUCUGCCAUCAAAGUCCCCGUCUUGUAUUUAGAAGAUGUGACACAGUCACAGUCUCUGGCAGAGGUCACCACGGAUUUUCUCACCAUGACUCACAAACUAGGACUCCACCUUUUUAAGACCGUCAAAGUUGGUGCGAAAGGGCCAGGUGACAACUUGCACCAAGUUGCCCCUGAACUCCUCCUUCCAGAACAAACUAUCCAGUACUUAUGUAAAUCUGAAGAAUUCAUGGAUCCAGCAACAUUCUUAAACAUGUAUAACAGACCCAUACAUGUUACCCUGGAUUCUGAGAUUGUGUGGCCAGCUCCUUCCCGUUUCUAGGAUGGGGAAGGAUAAUGUGUGCUUAUCUCCUCAAG